CUCUCUCUUUCUCUCUCUCUCUCUCUCUCUCUGAUGGGUGCACCAAAAGACCCAAAGGCUCAUGACGAAGCUGCUCCUUCCCAGGAGUCUUCGCUGCCGCCGCCGCCGGUGACUGGAGUUCCAGUGGUUGCUCCGCCUCAGCAAUUCGACUACGUUCCCUGGUCCACGGAUCUCUGCGACUGCUUCUCCGACUGUAGGCGCUUUUGCAUAAGCUUCUGGUGUCCUUGUGUCACGUUCGGCCAGAUUUCGGAGAUCGUGGACAGUGGAGCUUCCUCUUGUGGUCUAAAUGGCGCUAUCUACUUCCUCAUCGCUUGGUUGACCGGGUGUGCGUGCUGCUAUUCCUUCUUCUACCGUCUGAAGAUGAGGAAGCAGUACAGGAUCGACGGGAGCGCCGUCGGGGACUUCGCCAUCCAUUGCUGCUGCGAGGCGUGCGCCCUCACCCAAGAGUAUCGCGAGCUCCAGAACCGCGGAUUUGACCCGUCCCUCGGUUGGCUUGAGAGCGUGGAGAGGCAAAACCGCGGGGUCGCGAUGGCUCCGAUGCCACCGGUGGCUCCAGUCGUGGAGGACGGCAUGAAGCGUUGAUCGUUUGGAGCUUGUUUGGAGUGCGUCGUUGAAAUGACUCUAAGCUUCGUGUCGUGAUUAUGUAUUCGAUAUUAUUGGCGGAUCCAAGUAAUCCGAAAGACAAAUGCGGGUUUUUCUUAUAUGGCUUCACGAAAAUGAUGUGAAAUAAAUAAUAUGUGAUGUUAUAGUCAAGUGUUGAGUGUCGACCAUUUGUUUAAAUUAUCACUCGUACUUAAUUAAGAUAUUGAUUAAAAAUAAAAA